AUGUCUGCGCAUGGUAUCGAUGAAACAGUUCUACCCAUAUGGGAUAUGAAUAACCUGUAUGGGUACAAGGACUUGGAAGAUUCCAAGUACCUGCAAGAUUUUGAGGUUUUGAACAAGAGAGCUGGAGAGUUCCGUAACAAGUAUUACGGGAAAUUGGAUGAAGUGUUAGAUGAGGCUUUGAAGGAGUAUUCUGAUAUUAAUGAAGCAUUCAGCUCGAUCGAUCAGUUUGUCAAAGCUUUCCAACGUACAAGGGAGGAUGACGCUAAAGUGAAGAAGACGAAUAGUUGGUACUGGGCGAAGCGUGGUGAGGUAGAGGGUCAAGCGAUGGAAUGGUUCAAUUUGCAGUUGAUGCGUUUGAGUGAUGAGUGCGUGGGGAAGUGGGUUGAGAAGAGUGAGUAUGUUCGGUUGUUGGAGCCUUGGUUGAAGAAUGUACGUUUAUUGGCUCCACAUUCGUUGUCGGAGGAGGUGGAGAAGGCAUUGACUCUGCGUGAGAAUUGGUCGGGUGUGACACCGGUGGUGGAAUAUUUCUCGAGUAUGUUGGUAGAGGCAGAAUACACAUUUGUUCAUCCUUUAAAAAACGAGACGGAAACAUUGAAUGAGUCUCGUUUGCUUUCCUAUCUGCAUGACAAAGACUGGCGAGUUCGGGAGGUGGCUAUGAAGACUUUUAAUGCUGGCUUAGCUUCGAAUAAGAUCACCAAUUUUAGUUGUCUAUCAUUGAAUCAAGUUGCAGGAAAGGAGGCCGUAGAGAACAAAGAACGAAAGUUCAGUUCCAUCCGGGCCAGUCGGAAUAUGGCAAACCAGCUGACUGACGACAUUGUAAAGGCGUUAUUGACGGCUGUUCGAACAAAGGGUGUAGAGACUAACAAGCGUUUCUAUAAACUUAAGCGGCAAGUGCUCAAGUUGCAGACGGGACGAGAUGAGUUUACUUGGUCGGAUCGGAAUGCGCCUUUGAACUUUAAGGCCAUGUCGGAGAAGAAACAUGAGUGGGAUGAGUGCAUUAAAAUUGUCAAGGAAUCGUUCUACGCAUUUUCCGAGACCUUCGGGACUCUAUUCGACCGGCUUGUAGCCGAGGGACGUAUCGACGCGCCGGCCACAGACGGAAAGCGCGGCGGAGCCUUCUGCUUCCUGGGUAACCCGCAAGUGGGCCCCGGUGUGUUCGUGAACUACCUGGGCGAAGACAACGAUGUGGCUACCGUAGCACACGAGUGCGGCCAUGCAGUCCACGGUAUCCUGACUUACAAACAGCCGUACUUAAUGCAACACCCGGCUUUGGCGAUUGCGGAAGUAGCCAGUAUUUUCGGCGAGAUGUUGGUCUUUAAGAAGCUACUUGAUGCACAACCCAACGACGCCUUAAAGCUGGAGCAUCUCAUGGUCAAGAUCAACGAUAUUAUGAAUUCCGUCGUACGCCAAAUCAGCUUUGACCGCUUCGAAGAACUUGUCCACAAUGCCCGACAAGAGGGCUUCGUCGACGUUACCAAGAUGGAACAGUUCUGGAUGCAAACUACUAGAGAAUUCUACGGGGAAGAGGGUGAAAUCUUCACCUCUUAUGCCGACAUGCAGAACCUCUGGAGCUACGUACCACACUUCCAUGAAGUCCCCUUCUACGUUUACAGCUAUGCAUUCGCCGAUCUCACCGUUGGUUCUCUCUACAGUCUUUACGAAAGGAAGAAAGAUCCCAAAUUCCAGGAACUGCUCAUCGAACUUCUCUCCAAUGGAAGCAGCAAGCCAUUCACCGAGCUCAUUGCCCCCUUCGGACUCAACGGAGCCUCGCCCGAGUUCUGGACCGCCGCAUUCACCGACUACUUACAGCCUAUGCUCGAACAAGCUGAGAAACUCGCCAGCGCUCUACAAGCAUCCACUACAACCGGUACAGCUUAA